GGGAAUUAUGAAGGUCUGAGCUCUCUUUGCUGUUUCGCUGACCUAAAAUUGCCUGAGGAACGACGAAUUCAACCAAAAUCAAUCGCGCUGGAAAACAAAGACGAAGGAAAUUAUAAUAUAUUUCUCUCUCUAGAUAAAAAAAAAUUAGAAUUUGGACAAUAAGAAUCAGUAACCACUAACUAGGGUUUAGAAAAUAAUAAAAAGAAGAAAAAUUGCUGCCUGUCGGUGGAAAAAUGAAAAUAGAGCAGCAACACGGAGAAAGAUUGUAAGAGAUCUCAUCUUUUUCUUCUUUCCUUCUUGAACUUAAAUUCUUUCUUGCGGAGCCUCAUAAGUGAUGAUCUUGAUUUGAGUUAGUUCAGUAUAUGGCUAUCAGCAGAUUGUGAGCUUCUGAGAGCUCGUCUUUGCACCGCAAUUCUGUAUUUUUUUAAUAGAUUCGAUCACAUCUAAUCACGAUAAGUGAUUUGUGUCUGUGAAGAACUGAAGCGCCGAUCGGUUUGAAAGGUUUCUGUUGUUUACUUUCCGGUAUUAUGUUGAUGACGAGGACGAGUUCUGCUGCAGGGGGAAUUGGUGGACUUUGAAUCGGAAACGUAAUAGUGUUUAUAUGAUUUAUUAGCGGCAGACGUCGGUUGAAGUUCGUAGCAGCUUUUGUGCAAUGGUGUACUGGAAUGUUUGACUCAAAAGGGGAAGCUUUGGAGUUGCAUAGCUGGUCUUUCCUUACCGGGUAUUUAGUUAUGAAUUGAGCGGUUUAUGCAAUUUUAUCACCACCGGGUUGACCAGAAGGGAGAUAGCUUUAGAUUGAAAUGAUCAGAAUACACAAUAGUUGAUUGAAGUUGUUUGGAAGACAAUCAAAUUGGACUUUUUAGCUGAAUGGACUGAUUGCGCAACUCCAAUAAAUGUUGGUUAGAGUGCCACAACUGUACUAGCAUUCUAAGGAUUUAGGACAUAAACUAUAUUGGGAUGGGUUGUCAUUGCUCCAAACUCACAGCGUGUUGUUGGGAUACACAAUUUAAAGGAUCAAUUCUUGAGGCUCCUGAUGUUGAGAAUGAGGGGGGAAAUCAGGUUGACUUGCCUGUAUUCCGUGAAUACACUUUAGAUCAGCUCAGGUUUGCUACAUCUGGCUUUGCUGUAGAGAACAUUGUGUCCGAACAUGGGGAAAAAGCUCCAAACAUUGUCUAUAAGGGGAAGCUGGAGAAUCAAAGGCGUAUUGCUGUCAAGCGCUUUAAUAGAAUGGCUUGGCCUGAUGCUCGACAAUUCUUGGAAGAAGCAAGAUCUGUUGGUCAGCUCCGCAACCGUAGAUUAGCAAAUUUGCUUGGUUGUUGUUGUGAAGGUGAUGAAAGAUUGUUGGUGGCAGAAUAUAUGCCCAAUGAUACGCUAGCAAAACACCUAUUUCAUUGGGAAACACAGCCUAUGAAAUGGGCAAUGCGAUUAAGAGUGGUUCUACAUCUUGCUGAAGCACUUGAAUAUUGUACAAUCAAAGGGCGUGCCCUUUAUCAUGAUCUUAAUGCUUACAGAGUUUUAUUUGAUGAUGAUGGUAACCCGAGACUUUCAUGCUUUGGCCUGAUGAAGAAUAGUAGAGAUGGAAAAAGUUAUAGCACGAACUUGGCAUUUACCCCACCUGAGUAUCUGAGAACUGGAAGAGUAACACCUGAAAGUGUAAUAUAUAGCUUUGGCACCCUUUUGCUCGAUCUUCUCAGUGGAAAACAUAUACCUCCCAGCCAUCUUGAUUGCAUUGAGGUGCAUCAAUUAUGUGGCAAACCUGGAUUGGAGAAAGAAUGCUGGAGUUUGGACUUUCUUUUGGGGAUAUUUUCAGCUCUAGACCUGAUACGGGACAGGAAUAUUCAGAUGCUAACUGAUUCCUGCUUGGAAGGACAAUUUUCAAAUGAUGAUGGGACUGAGUUAGUACGCUUAGCAUCCCGUUGUCUUCAAGUUGAGCCCCGAGAAAGACCAAAUCUCAAGUCAUUAGUGGCUGCUUUGACUCCUCUUCAGAAAGAAACUGAGGUUCCAUCUCAUGUUUUGAUGGGUAUUCCUCAUGCUGCUGCAUUCUCACCUCUAUCCCCACUUGGUGAAGCUUGCUCUAGAAUGGAUCUGACUGCCAUUCAUGAGAUUUUAGAAAAGACUGGGUAUAAAGAUGACGAGGGAACAACAAAUGAGCUGUCAUUCCAAAUGUGGACCAACCAAAUGCAAGAAACAUUGAACUCAAAGAAAAAGGGUGAUACUGCUUUCCGACACAAGGACUUCAGAGUUGCAAUUGAAUGCUACAGCCAGUUCAUUGACGCUGGAAGCAUGGUUUCUCCAACAGUUUAUGCCCGUCGUAGUCUGUCUUAUCUGAUGAGCGACAUGCCCAAUGAGGCACUUGCUGAUGCAAGACAAGCACAAGUUAUAUCCCCUGGGUGGCAUACAGCAUCCUAUCUUCAAGCAGCUGUAUUGUUCACACUUAAUAUGAACAAUGAAGCAUAUGCAGCGCUUAGAGAUGGUUCGGCCCUUGAAGCCAAAAGUAAUGCUGCUCUCGGACAAUAAGUCUAGAAAUUCCUUCACUUAUGACUGGCUUCUUCUGAAGUUAAGCUACAAGGCAUCUGAACAUUCAGGGCAGUAUGAUAAAGCUUCAUCCUAUUUUGAAAUCCAGUGAUAAAAUGAGGGAAAAAAAAAAGAAUUAGUUGCCCUAUAUUUUCAUUGUGCAUGAAGGGAAGCUUUUAAAUGAUUCUCUGGCCUUCUUGCCAAAUGGUCAAUGGGUUUUGGUCUGUUAAAUGAUGGUAAAGGGGGGCUCACUUUUUAUUAAUUCUUUUUCCCAUCUGGUAGAUUAUCCCUCACAAGAGUUGACCAAAGAAUUUCAGAUAUGAGAAAAGAAUUAUCGCAUAUUUAAAGGGGUGCUAUUGCAACAUGUUAGGUUUGUAGAAGGAUAUGAAUGAUGCUUUACAGAACAGAUGGGGGACAAGAUUUGUUAGAAACUUGUAAUUUCUGUACAGCAACUGGUUCUGGUUUGAUUUGCUAUGUGAAAAUGGGUGUAUUCUGGUGUUUUCUUUAUUGUGUU